CGCCAUUGAUGUCUGGAUUGAAUGACAAGAGCGUUUUUCUAAGGUUGAUCGUAUUCGUGUUGCUUCACUACGUUCUUCCAUUAAUAAUUUGAAACAAGGUGAUAAAUCUGUUCUUGAUUACUUCACAGAGAUAAAAUCUCUUUGGGAGGAACUUAAUUCUCAUUGUCCUAUGCCUAUGUGUACUUGUCCUUAUCCUUGCCGUUGUGAAUCCAUGCGUGCUGCUCGUGAUUUCAGAAUGGAAGAUCAAGUUAUUCAAUUUCUUACUGGUUUGAAUGAUAGCUUUUCAGUUGUAAAAACUCAAGUUCUUCUUAUGGAUCCUCUUCCUUCUAUCAACAAAGUAUAUUCUAUGGUGAUUCAAGAAGAAAGCAACAUUAUCCCACCUACUUCACUAGCUUCAAAUGAAGAUUCUAGUAUUUUGGUUAAUGCUUCAGAUGCAAGAAAGCCAUUUCUGCGUGGUAAAUCUUCUGGUACAUCUCAAUCCAAAAACAAUUCUAGGUAUUGUACCUUUUGUCACAGAAACAAUCAUACUGUGGAGUAUUGCUAUCUCAAGCAUGGUUUUCCUAAUGCAAAUAAACCUACUGCUUCUUCAAAUGUUGUUACUUCUGAGCAUGCUGUGGAUUCUUAUACCUCUAGUGAAGGAACUUCUUCUUCUUCUCAAAUUGGUUUGACACAAGAGCAAUAUGUUCAUCUUGUAUCCUUGCUACAGCAAUCAUCUUUGGUGCCUUCAGCAACUUCUCCUAACCCUGCCAGCACCAAUCAUGUUGCUACAUCCUUCCCUUCUUCAAUUGAUUUCACUUCAGGAUGUGAAAACACAGAAGAUGAUUGGUUUGGGUAAUCUCUGUGAUGGUCUUUAUAGAUUGCAUCCUUUUGCUCCUGCUUCACCUCAGGCUCACUUCAUUUCUUCUGCUGUUUCUCCUACUAAUAAAAUGUCUUGUAAUUCUGUUUCUUCCAAUAAUAAUGUUUCUAGUAUUCCUUCUAAUGCAAUCUGGCACUUUAGAUUAGGACAUUUGUCUAAUCAAAGAUUGUCCAUGAUGCAUAGUUUGUACUCCUCAAUUACUAUUGAUAAUAAAGCUGUUUGUGACAUUUGUCAU